AUGAGAAACUGCCCAUCUCUAUCCGUUAUCUUCCUGGAAGCCGCUGUUCGUCACUGCGAUGGAUUCCAAGUGCUGGAGUCUGAUGUCGAGACAAUCCUCAACUGGGAAGAAAGUCAGCAUCAUCAAGCUGAGAUACCCUUCAGACCAGCUCGCGUUCUUCUUCAGGAUUUCACUGGAGUUCCUGCCGUCGUCGACUUGGCCACAAUGAGGGAUGCUGUUCAGGAGCUGGGUGGAGAUCCUGCAAAAGUGAACCGAUUUUGCCCGGUUGAUUUGGUCAUUGAUCACUCUGUUGCAGGUGGACAGCUACGGAAGGUUGUUUGCAGUCUGGAUGCACUUGCAAAGAAUCAAAGCAUGGAAUUCGAGAGGAACAAGGAGAGAUUCAACUUCUUGAAGUGGGGUUCGAAAGCGUUCGACAACCUUUUCAUUGUUCCUCCUGGAUCUGGAAUUGUGCAUCAAGUGAAUCUCGAGUAUUUGUCAAGAACUGUCUUUGUCAGUGAGGACAAUGUGUUAUAUCCGGACUCGGUCGUUGGCACGGAUUCACACACGACAAUGAUAAAUGGCAGUGGCGUUCUUGGUUGGGGUGUUGGAGGCAUAGAAGCUGAAGCUGUUAUGCUUGGUCAAGCGAUUUCCAUGGUCAUCCCAGAAGUUGUCGGCUAUGAACUGGUGGGCACGCUCGGUGACUGUGUUACAAGCACCGACUUGGUUCUCACAAUUACAAAGAAUCUUCGCGAUCUUGGCGUGGUUGGGAAAUUCGUGGAAUUUUUCGGUGAAGGAGUAUCUUCUCUUUCCAUUGCCGAUCGGGCCACCAUAUCAAAUAUGUGCCCCGAGUAUGGUGCUACAGUUGGGUUCUUCCCAGUUGAUAAGAGAGUUAUUGCGUAA